UAUGUGCUUCUUUUGUAAUGGGGUUUGCUGCUGUUAAUUGACACAUUUGAAUUAUUCUUGUUCUUUUCCAGAUAACUUAGCAGAACCAGCUAUUAUGCUGAAUUAUGCUUUCUAAUGUUCAAAUUAUGAUUCUUGUAAUAUAAGCUAAUAGGGUCUUAUUGGAUAGGAAAAAAGUUACUGUAUUUGGUGUUUAUGCCUGAAUUAAUGCUAAAAAAAUGUGUCUUUUACAUAAAUUUAAAUCACAUUUAAGUAAUGUCUGAGUUUUUGACUAGUGCUAAGGGAUUUGCUGUAGUUAAUUGAUGCAUUUGCUCUGUAAAUCUUUUUUUUUUUUAAAGUCCUACUGUGAUACUAUUAUAGUACUAUCUGAGCUAUGAUGGCUACAACAACAAUGUUGAACUCACCUUAUAAUAUUGGAGCUGUGAAAUUUGAUGUGAAAGUAAAGCCAUUACUUCAUUUUUCCCAUAAACUGCCUCCUAUGAGGUUGAAUAGGAGGCAAAUGCUAACCAUAAAGGCUAGUGAUGAAGGGAGUAACAACGGGUCCGGGCCCGGGGCUUCGAGAAAAAUGGGCUUGAGUGAUGAGGAGUGUGAGGCUGCUGUAGUUGCUGGAAACGUGCCUGAAGCGCCACCGCUGCCACCCAAGCCUUCUGCACCGGCUGGUACUCCUGUUGUGUCUUCACUGCCAAUCAAUCGGCGACCUCGCCGUAAUCGGAGAUCGCCUGCAGUUAGAGCUGCAUUCCAGGAAACAAAUUUAACCCCUGCAAAUCUUGUAUAUCCACUUUUUAUUCAUGAGGGCGAAGAAGACGCGCCUAUUGGAGCAAUGCCCGGAUGUUAUAGGCUCGGAUGGAGGCACGGGCUUAUUGAAGAGGCCUCAAAGGCCAGGGAUGUUGGUGUCAAUAGCAUUGUGCUCUUCCCAAAAGUUCCAGAUUCUCUAAAGUCUCCUACAGGAGAUGAAGCUUACAAUGAAAAUGGAUUGGUGCCACGGACAAUUCGUUUGCUGAAAGACAAGUACCCAGAUCUUGUUAUCUAUACUGAUGUUGCUUUAGAUCCAUAUUCAUCUGAUGGUCAUGAUGGUAUUGUCAGAGAAGAUGGAGUUAUCAUGAAUGAUGAGACUGUGCAUCAGUUGUGUAAGCAAGCAGUUGCCCAGGCCAGAGCAGGAGCUGAUGUUGUCAGUCCCAGUGACAUGAUGGAUGGCCGCGUUGGAGCAAUUCGAACAGCUCUUGAUGCUGAAGGGUUUCAGCAUGUGUCUAUCAUGUCUUAUACAGCGAAGUAUGCAAGUUCGUUUUAUGGGCCAUUCAGGGAAGCUCUAGACUCAAAUCCACGGUUUGGGGACAAGAAAACGUAUCAGAUGAAUCCCGCAAACUAUAGAGAAGCUUUAGUUGAGAUGCAAGCAGAUGAGUCUGAAGGAGCUGAUAUUCUCCUGGUUAAACCAGGUUUGCCUUAUUUGGAUAUUAUAAGGCUUCUUCGCGAUAAAUCUCCUCUGCCAAUUGCAGCAUAUCAGGUUUCAGGUGAAUACUCGAUGAUUAAAGCCGGUGGUGUUCUGAAAAUGAUCGAUGAAGAGAGGGUGAUGAUGGAAUCGUUGAUGUGCCUCCGCCGAGCUGGUGCCGACAUCAUUUUGACCUAUUUUGCUCUUCAAGCUGGUAGAUGUCUUUGUGGAGUGAAGUGAGAAUUUAGUCAAGCACAUAACAAGAGUUUGUGUAAGGAGAAUAAUUCUUACUUGACCUCUUUAUAUUAGUUUAUGAGAUCUUGUUUUUGAAAGAAAAAACAGCUGAAGAUGACAAUAAUCUUAAGCUAUUGUCCAUUUUUUCUUGCCAACAUCUAUCUGUAUAAAUAAAUUUAUGGGCUCAAGGUAUAUUGAUCGUUUUAUGCA